CUUAGUAAGUUGUCUAAUCUCAAUGUGUGCCGAUCUGGAACCUCGAACGGUUCCGCCGUAUAAUCAUUUUACGCAAAUUGGCGACCCUGUGCUUCGGAUUCGUUCGGAAGAAGUUCCACCUGAACGAUUAGACAGCAAAGAAAUCCAUUGCAUUGUGGAUCAGAUGGUAAAAGUGCUCCGUCAUUACGACUGUGUGGGCGUUGCAGCGCCCCAAUUGGGUGUUCCACUGCGAAUUAUUGCCAUGGAGUUCCGCGAGGAAAAGCGUGAACAGUUUACACCCGAAGUGUACCACCAACGCAAGAUGUCUACAUUGCCACUCAGCGUUUUUAUCAAUCCAAAAAUAGAGAUAAUCGGCGAUAUGCAGCACACUCAGCCCGAAGGCUGUAUGAGCGUUCGCGGCUUCUCCGCUCGAGUGACUCGAUACGAUCGCGUACGAGUCACUGGUAUUGGAAUGCUUGGAACACCUGACGAACAGGAACUUGUAGGAUGGAGCGCGCGCAUAGCGCAACAUGAAAUGGAUCAUUUAAAUGGCAUAGUUUACAUUGACCGAAUGGACGUUUCGAGCUUUAUAUGCAAUACAUGGGCACGGAUUAAUUCAAAUGGUGGACGUGAUGUCAUAACGUUUGAUAAAUAAUUAUUUUGAACAAACUUCUAAUUUGAAUUGCUUCGCGCCCUAAUUCGGAGCAGCUGGUUAACAGAAACUAUCGAAAGAAUGACACUGUUAACUAUCGAUUAAUGUACGUAAGCCCUGGCUGAAAUGUACUUUCGUAUUUUUAGCUUUCUUUACAAAUAAAUAAAGGCAGAAACUUACCU